AUGGUCCAUAAAGACCGACACAAGCAAUCCGACGAAUUACAACCGGAAGCAGUACUAGUGACUACAUGCGGUUGUCCGAACAACUGUGAGGCUGAGCUUCGUAAGCUACGUGACUAUGUUAAUAGCUUUCAGCCUUUGCUAUCCAAUGAAGGGGACUUGCCUACUUUAUAUCAGUUGGAUCACUUUGCAACCAGUCCGGUCAGUCUACUCUCAGAAGCCUGGGUCACAUUGGGUCCGUCGCAUCUGCGUGAUCUUGUUUCUUCCGAGUUAUUAGCUAUUUGCGCGCGGCGUGAGCAACGCGAUCGAGAUCAGUGCCUUUCCAAUAGAGACGAAAAGGAUCGUACAAACGAAUACAUGAACACUCCACCUUUUCUAUCACUCGAGGCAGAAAACUCUUGUGUUAUUACCGCUGGGGUGAAAGAACUUUGGAAGCGUUCCCUGCGGGAAUUAAAUGAUUUAUCAGAAAGUGAGAUCAAAGCCGUUCUUUCUGGAACACUUGGUGAUUUCUCUAAAUCUCCUGCAAAAGCAGCUAAUUCAAAUCAUGCACCAAAUGAAUCAGAUAAAAGCAACAGUUCCUCCAAUUGGCCCUGUGUGUCGAAUGAAAACUUUGACCUCUCAGAAACAAACCCGGUAAGUAUUCUCAACGAAAAAUGCACAUUUGGUCGACGUAAUUUUUUCGUCGUACGCGUUCGAAAUAAUAACUAUCGAUCAAUGCUUUGCUGUGUUGAAAAUUUUUUUUUAUAUUGUUUCAUCUGUGAUUCAAACUUUCAAUUUAGUUUAUGUAUUACAUCACUUACCGAGAGAUGA